AUGCAAGCAUUUUUGAAAUCUGGCAAGUUAGGUGAAUCUUCUGGAAAAAGUUCUAGUUCUAAACCUGCAAAAAAACCAAAAUCUGUACCCUGGGUGGAAAAAUAUCGCCCAAAGACAGUAUCGGAUGUAGUUGAACAAAGUGAAGCAGUGGCCGUCCUAGAACAAUGUAUAACUGGAGCGGAUUUACCAAAUCUUCUGUUCUAUGGCCCUCCUGGAACUGGAAAGACAAGUACAAUUUUGGCUGCCUCUAGACAACUUUUUGGAGACAUCUAUAAAGAAAGAAUACUGGAGCUCAAUGCUUCAGAUGAGCGAGGAAUUCAAGUUGUAAGAGAUAAAGUGAAAACAUUUGCUCAGUUGACUGCAAGUGGUACAAGACCUGAUGGUAAGCCAUGCCCUCCUUUCAAGAUAGUUAUCCUUGAUGAGGCUGAUUCCAUGACUCAUGCUGCUCAAGCUGCUUUAAGAAGAACUAUGGAGAAAGAAACUAAAACUACUAGGUUUUGUCUCAUUUGUAAUUAUGUUUCUCGUAUCAUAGAACCCUUGACAUCAAGAUGUACAAAGUUUCGCUUCAAGCCUCUGAAUGAUUCAAUGAUUCUAGAAAGGUUGCAGUAUAUAAGCAAGGAAGAGAAUGUAGAAUGUGAUGAAACCACUUUGAAUGCACUUGUGGAAACCAGUGGGGGUGAUAUGAGAAGGGCCAUAACCUGUCUCCAAAGCUGUGCUAAACUGACAGGUCCUGGGAAGAAAAUGGAUAUUAAUAGUGUAUUGGAAGUAACAGGUGUAGUGCCCCAGCACUGGCUACAAGACUUUUUGAAAAUUUGCAAAGGUUUAGUGAAUUAUAACAAUCUUGAGACAUUCAUACAAAAUCUCAUAUUAGAAGCUUAUGCUGCCUCUCAGAUACUUGAACAACUUAAUGAUCAUCUUGUCAACAGUGAAGAAUUCAAUAAUAUGCAAAAAGCACUGAUUGGGGAGAAGUUAGGUGCAGUGAGUUAUAGGCUACAAGAUGGUGGAUCUGAAUACAUUCAACUACUAGAUUUAGGAAAUACUAUAAUUCAGGCUUAUGCACUAUCUGCUUGA